AAUGAGACCAUAAUCUCCCAAAUUUUUUCAAACUCAGACCAUUGCUACAACUAGAGUUGUGAAUUCUCCUCCAAGAGACAAACGUCCUGAUUCUUGUGGUAGAUUAGCAAAGGUUACAACCUAUUAAUCAAGACCUAAAGCAACUGUCACUACUACAACAUAUAGACCAGUUAUAGAGACUAGAACUGUAAAGUUGUGUACAGAAAAAAAAUGUUAAGGACAUGUAAGCUAUCUAUUAAUUUUAGGAAACCUUAAUUGAUUAAUUGACAUAAGAAAAUAAUAAAUUAAAUCAAAGAGUAAAUGAACUUUAAAAUGAAUUAGAUUUGUAGGUAGAGAAAUAUGAUAGCGAAUAAUAAGUAUGGGUUAAUACAAGCAUGGAAAUUGAGAGUAUGAGAAAACUAUUAGAAGAAACUUAAAAAAAUCAUAAGCAAGAAGUAACUUAUUUAAAUUCAGAGCUUAAUACUUUUAAAUCAUAAUUCUAAUAUUAAGAUGAUUAAAUUAGAUUCUUAACUACUUAGUUAAAAUAAUAAGAAGUACUUGAAAAUAAAAUUGCACUUUUAAGUUCUGAAAUUGAAAGAUUACAAUAUGUGAUUGAAGAUAAAAAUGAAGGCAUUUCACAAUUGAAAUUUAGAGUUUAAGAUUAUGAAAAGCAAUUAUAAAUAGGGUAAAAUGUAAUUGAAGAAAGAAAUCAUUAAAUCUUAGAAUUAUAAUAGAAAUCUAAUAAUUAUGAAUAGGAGCUCUUAUUCUCUAAUAAUAUAAUUCAUGAGCUUAAAUUUGAAAUUACUCAAAAAGAUUCAUAAACAUAACAAAUGCUUGCUUAAAAAGAUUCUUUAAUGCAAACAUUUAGAGAAAAUCUGGAAUUGUUAGAAAAGAAAUUAGAUUAAUCUCAAUAAAAUGAAUAAUAAUAUAUGGAUAAGUUAGAUAUUAUUGAAAAAGAAAGAGAUAAUUUAAAUAAUAAAAUUAAUUAAUUAGAAAUUGAAUUAAAUGGAUAAAGAGAAUAAAACUUGUAAUUAAAUUAAUAAAUAAUUAUUAAUGAUCAAACUAAUCAAGUUUUGCAAAGUUAAUUAAUUCAAUAGACUGAACAUCAUUAAAAUUUAUUAUCAAACAAAAACAAUGAGCAUGAAUUAACAAAAUAAGAAAGAGAAGUUUUAGAAAAUCAAUUUUAAUAAAUUAAAUAAGAAUUAGAAAAUAAAACUAAAGAAAUUGAUGAUUUGUAGGAAAAUAAUAAAGACUUGAUUUCUUAAUUAAAAGAAAAAAUAAAUGAAUUAGAUCAAAUAUCUGAAGAAUUAUAAAUAACAAAAACAAAAUUAAAUAAUUCUGAUGAGUAAAUUAAAAAUUAGUAAUUAAAAUUAAUCUAAAAUGAAGACAUAAAUAUUGAAUUGAAAGAUGAACUAAAUUUAAAAUCAGAAAGUCUUUUAUAAUUAGAAAAAUAAUUAGAAUCAUAAAUAGAAAUUAAUAAAUCAUUAUAAAAUUUGAUUUGUGAUUUACAAUAACAAAAUACUUAAUUUGAAGAUAAAUCUAAUUUAUUAGAGAAUGAAAUUAAAUAAUAUAAAGUUUAAGUUGAAGAAUAAAAAAAAUAUAUUGAUGAAUAAAUUAGGGAAAUAGAAAAUUAAAAAUUCUAGUUAAAUGAAUAAAUAAAUUAAUUGAAUAAAGAGAAAGAUCAUUUAUUACUUUAAAAUAAAGAUCUUGAAUCAUUUAUAGUAAAUUAUAAAUAGAUCUCAUCAGAAUAAAUUAAUAAAUUAGAAUAACAACAUGAGAAUCAUAUUUUCAAUGAAGAUAAUUUAAAAGAAGAAAAAUUAUUAUUAAUAUAAUAAAUAUUACUUAAAUGCUUUGAAUUGGAAAGAUUAAAAAUUUAAAACAAUUAAUUAUAAGAAUAAUGUAAUUCUUAAAAUGAAUAAUUAUCUCAACUUUAAAAUAGUAAAUAAUAAUAUGAUGAAGAUUUCUAAAAAUUUAAGGAAAGUACUCUUUAAAAUAGUUAAAAUUAAGAUAUUAAAAUAAAAUAGUUGUAAUAAUAAAUAGAUGAAAAUAUUAAAUAAAUUGAUAGUUUAAAGAAUGAUCUUAAAUAUUAGCUAUCUUUAGAAGAAGAAUUAAAUAAGAAAAAUCAUUUCUAAUAAGAUUAGAUAUCUCAUUUAUAAGGUGUGGAGUAAUAGUUGAAAUAUUUGAAUGAAUAAACUAAUUUAUAGGCUAAAAAUUUGUAAAGAGAAUUAGAAAAUAAGAUUGAAUCUGAAAGUUCAUUAAGAUUUAAGUUAGAGAAAUUAUUAGAAGAACUUAGAAUAAAAUAAAUGUAAUUAGUAGAAUUGGAUUCAUAAAUGAGAUAAAUUGAAUAAAAUAAUAAUAUUGAUUUUUCUAAUUUAGAAGAAAGAAUUAGUUAUUUAUAAAAUGAAGUGGAAACUUGGAAACAUAAAUUCUCUAUUUUGAAUAAAGAUUAUCAUAGAGUUUAAGAAGACUUAAUGAUGCUUCAAGCAGAAUUUGAUGCAUAUAAGAAAAGAGGUUAAGAUCUCAAAAAUAUUAAAGUAUUAAAUAUAUAUAUAUUUUAUUAAGGAAUCCACCUAUUUUGAAGUUAGAAAAUCAUCUUUGUAUAAAGAGAACAUAGAUAUAAAAGGAAGUUAAACUUCAAUAGGAAGACUUCUCAAAGAAAAUAAAUGA